UCCUUCUUCUGCCGGAGCCACCGCUGCCGCCGUCUCCUUUAAGAGCAGCCUGCGAGCUGUAUAUCCCGCGCCGGAAGCGGAGGAGCGCGUCGGGUUUAGCCUCGCCACCAAGGUCCCUGUGCCUGGUUCGCGACGGGGAGGAAAAGGAAGAGAAGACCAGCAGCUGCUGCCGCUGCUGCACACUGUGAGCGGCUCCUGGUUAUGGGGAGAGCGCCGGGCUCGACCCGCUGUUGAGGCCGUCUUGUUGGUGGUAGAAUGCAACUCAGGGAGGCCAGAUGCUGAGCACUGCCUCAUGUAGGUGUCCAGUUCCAUCCGUUUUGUCCUUCUAUGAUGGAUGAGUGGAAGCCCAACCCACUAGCCAAUCCACGGAAGAAACGCAGCUGGUACCUGGCCUGGAAGUACAAGCUGACAAAUCAGAGGGCGCUAAGGAGGCUUUGUCAGAUGGGGGCUGUUCUCUUUUUGCUAGUGACCGUGAUUGUCAAUAUAAAGCUGAUAUUGGACACCAGAAGAGCAGCCAAUGAAGAGGAAGAAUCUUCUCAGGAUUAUGAUGAAGACCUGCAGAACCCAGAGAUCCCUCGACGACCUGUCAACAGCAGGAAGGUUCUGGAUAUUGAGGUGUACUCCAGCCGCUCCAAAGUCUACGUGGCAGUGGAUGGGACGACGGUUUUGGAAGAUGAAGCCCGGGAGCAAGGCAGAGGCAUCCACGUGAUUGUGUUGAAUCAGGCUACAGGUCAUGUGAUGGCGAAGAGAGUCUUUGACACCUACUCUCCGCAUGAGGACGAAGCCAUGGUCCUCUUCCUUAACAUGGUAGCUAGAGGCCGCAUUCUGAUCUUCACAAUUAAGGAUGAGGGCUCCUUCCACCUUAAAGACACAGCGAAGAAUCUCCUGAAGAGCUUAGGGAGUCAGAUUGCAGCUUCCCUCAACUGGAGGGACAUGUGGACAUUUGUGGGGAAGAAAGGAGGUGAGGUUUAUGGUGAAAAGCACGCCAAGUCCCCGGUGCUUUCCUCUUGGGGAGAGCCUGUCUUGCUGAAGACUGAAGUCCAGCUAACUUCUGUGGAAGAUGCCGAAUGCCACUGGCCUGACACGGAGCUCAACCGGCGGAGGAAGCGGUUCUGCAGUAAGGUGGAAGGGUAUGGCAGUGUCUGCAGCUGCAAGGACCCCACACCUAUAGAGUUCAAUCCGGACCCACUCAAAGACAACAAAGUUUUUGAUGUGCCUGUUGCUGUCAUUGCAGGAAACAGACCUAACUACCUGUACAGGAUGCUGCGAUCGCUGCUGUCGGCACAAGGAGUCAAUCCUCAGAUGAUAACAGUCUUCAUUGAUGGAUAUUAUGAGGAGCCAAUGGAUGUGGUGGAACUAUUUGGCCUGAAGGGAAUCCAGCACACACCCAUCAGCAUUAAAAACGCCAGAGUCUCCCAGCACUACAAGGCCAGCUUGACAGCAACAUUCAACUUGCACCCGGAUGCCAAAUUUGCCGUGGUUCUAGAAGAGGACUUGGACAUUUCCAUUGACUUCUUCAGCUUCCUAAGCCAGUCCAUCUAUCUGCUGGAGGAAGAUGACAGCUUGUACUGCAUCUCUGCCUGGAAUGACCAGGGAUAUGAGCACACAGCGGAGGACCCUUCACUCUUGUACCGUGUGGAGACCAUGCCAGGCCUGGGCUGGGUGUUGAGGAAGACUCUCUACAAGGAUGAGUUGGAGCCCAAAUGGCCAACACCAGAGAAGCUCUGGGACUGGGACAUGUGGAUGCGGAUGCCGGAGCAGAGGAAAGGCCGCGAAUGCCUCAUUCCAGACGUGUCGCGCUCCUACCAUUUCGGCAUCGUUGGCCUCAACAUGAACGGCUACUUCCAUGAAGCCUAUUUCAAGAAGCACAAGUUCAACACUGUCCCCAGCGUCCAAAUAAAAAAUGUGGAGAGCUUAAGGAAAGAUGCAUAUGAAAUUGAAAUCCACCGGCUGCUCAGUGAGGCAGAAGUUCUGGAUCACAGCAAGAACCCCUGUGAGGAUUCCUUUGUACCCGACACUGAAGGGAAGAUCUACGUUAUGUACAUUAAGAUGGAGCAGGAGGCAGAUUUCACCACCUGGACUCAGCUUGCAAAGUGCCUCCACAUCUGGGAUCUGGAUGUCCGUGGGAACCAUAAAGGACUGUGGCGCCUCUUCCGGAAGAAGAACCACUUCCUGGUAGUAGGAGUGCCCGCCUCUCCUUAUUCAUCCAAGAAACCCUCCUCGGUGACCCCCAUUUACAUGGAGCCCCAAGCCAAGGAUGAAGCGGCGGGAGCCGUGGGAGCAGGAGCAGAGCAAACUUGAAGCAGAGCUUGGGAUUGUUGUCCGUGCUGCCUUCACAGCCUGCUGGGAAAAGAGGCUCAAGACGCCAUGGAGCUUCAUGGGAGAUUUGUGUGCCGUUUUCUCUGAAGGACUUGGGAAGAUGGGGCAAAGACAAAGGGGGGAGGGCUCCCCGCUGCCCCAAGGCAACUGCUGAGUCUGAAUACGUUGCACUGGGAAGGCAGGAGCAGGAGCCUUUAAUAUUUUUCUAAGCCGCUGCAACAAAAUACAAUUUUGCGGGGUGGGGAGGGGGUUGGUUGGUCUCAUUUUUAACACUGGCGCUUUACUAACGGUGGCCGCCCUUUCCUCCAAAUUGUGGGUUAGGCCAGAGGGAGCUGUUUGGAAAGGUGAUUGGUUCACUUUUUAGGGAGCUCUUCUCAGACCACUACUUCAGGAUAUAUACAUAUGUUGUUAUUAUUAUUUAUUAACUCUGUGUGUUGGUCAACAUCCUUCGAAAGGCAGCUAUCCUGCUUAUGUUUCUGGUGGUUUGCAAUUUAGGGGGGAUUGCGAUGGGACUCUUAAGCCCUGGAAAGCAUGUGGAGCCAUUCAUUCUCCAGGCAGAGGAACCAUCCUGCACAUGGCUUGGAUUGGUGGCUACAGAGCAGGCAGCUCGCCUGAAUUUGGAGAAUGGCUUUUGUGCUAGAGGACGGAGAAAUAGGCCAUGGCCUUCAUCAUCGGGACUUAAGGACACAAACCACAAAUGGAACUGCAUGUAUCAGUACUGUGGGCAACCCAGCCUGGAUGCUCAGGCCCAAAAUUCCUUUCCUCCUGUCUCUGCUCCCAGUGGAUUGUGAUGCAAGAAGGGAAACCUCAAAAUCUCUGGCAUUUUAUCUACCUAGCAAGUUCUCCUGGCUCUAACUGAAGCACCUCUUCUUGACUGAAAUGCUCAAUUUCAGACUGGCAACAACAGGUAGAGGCCCAAGGCUGUGAGUUGCUCUUCUGUACAAUAGCCCCAGAAAAGAGCCAAGAAGUAGUGAAGGGGGGGUGUAUAAAAAGUGCCUUGAGGGAGCAUGUGCUGGCCUAGAAAGCCUGCUCAGAAAGGGAGAGAUGAAGUAAAUGGAUCAAGCCGAACCUCAAUUACGUUUGCUCCGUUGGAACAAAGCUUCUGUGAGCUCAAAGAUCGAAAUGCAGGAACACUUGUCCCGCCGUUAGUCUGCAGCGUGGAUGACCUGUGGCAAUGACCACUGUUUGUACCACUAAGCAAGGUCAGCCCUACUAGGGAAACUCACUCCUGUCCUCCAUCCUGUGGAGCUGAUAGGCUUUGUGUCCUACCCUGCUCAGUUCAAGCCAGUCUUGCUCUUUUUGAGGCAUAGGUUGCUUGGAAAGGAGGAGCUCAUAGGACCUCAAGGAAGUUCUGAAGAGGCUUCUUGGAGAAGUAGGUUCUUCUGUAGUCUCUGUGUUGGGCUGGGCGGAGGUAACGGGGAAGGGAAAGGGCAGAAAUUCAGGGACAAAGAGGGAAUAGUGGUUUUCCUCUUCCACAUCUGGUGCCUUAUGAGGUGAGCGAAGUCCUUGGGGUCUAGAAUGUAACUUUCUGUACAAUGAACAGCUAAAGGGAAGGGAGCACCACCUAAGAGCAGAUGGCCAGAUUCUAGUUCAAUGUAAUCCUUUCCCUUUGGUGGUGAGGUGUCUUUUUGUUUUGUGUUUCCUCUUCUUUCUCCACACCAUCAAGCUAACCAUACAUAGUUGAUGCUGCCUGAGUCUUUAAGAAAACAAACGAAUUAGGGUGUAGAGGACUAGAAAAAUGGAAAGAUAGGCAUUACAGCAUUUAAGAUGUCCAUAAGGCAACUGUGGCCUCCAUCAAUAAGGUACCAUCUUCAGCCAAGUCCUGAACCUAAGAGUGUCUUGCUUCACCUCACUUGGUCUGUACAUUUUCCAAAAAGAAACCCUUUGGCUUCUAUCCACAUUAGAGUCUAGUGACUGAGGGGAGACCAUAGGGAAUUUUGGAUGGAUGACUUUGGUACAGUCACUGAUUGAAUGCCGUUAAUUUAUGGGUUACUGAUACUUUACUGCAGGGAACCAAGACAUCUUGUCAUUUCAGUUCAGUCCAUACCAUCUCAGGGGAAACUGGUGGGUGUGUCUGCCUCUGAAAGGUGGGCUUCUCUUGGCUCUGCCUGUUGGACUUGAUGCAGAUACACUCAGCAUAUUGCAGCUGCAGGGUGAGCGUAACCCAGAGCUGAGAGUGCAGCAGUUCCUGCCAGAGAUGAAAAGGAACGCUUGGGCUGCUGCUCUCCCUGACUGCUUCGCUUGCUAUCACAAUGCCAGUGCAUCAUGUUUCACUGGAGGUAAAUUUGGACACAGCUGCUAUUUUCCCCAACAGCUUUUGCAGGUAUGGUACAACUAAAAGUUAGAGCUGUGCUGUAUUUUUGCAAAAGGAUACUUUUUCUGUUAUGCCUUCCUUGUCUCUCCUUAGCAAGCAUUGUGAUGCAGAAAGGGAAUCUGUUCCUGUAAACAGGCACCUGAAGGUUCCUGGAUACAACUUUAGCAUAUGUUUGCAUUUUUAGAAACACGCAUACAAGUUUUCCUGCGAAGUCUUACUACUGAUGACAUAUGGAAUGAUCCUCAUUGUGAAGCAGCUAGUACUUUCGCCAUUUUUGUGGCAACAUGGUAUGGAGCAUGGUUUUUUAUGUUGUUGGGGUUUUUUUGGUUUGGUUUUAUUUAAGGUGCACAGCACCCUUAAUAAGAGGAAGGAGUAACUAAUAAGCAGAGGUCAGCAACCUUUGCCCUCCAGAAGCACACUACGGUCUUUCCCUUAUUUAUUUGGUAACCAGAAUAGGGGAUGUUUUGAAGCCACCAAAUCUCCAAGGCCUUAUUACACUUGGUACUUUAGUGCAAAGAGUUGGGGCUUCUGCAAAUGCUGCAGCAACAGCAACCCUGAAGGCUUUUUUUAGUGCUGGCUAACUGCAGCAAUGCUGAAUUAGAUAAUGUGCUUCUUAUUAAUUUACAGAAGCCUUUUUUUUUUUACUUCAGAACCAGUCAUGGGAUUUCAGGGGCGUGGCAAGUGGAGAUCUCAGGAAGCCUAAUGCCCAGACCAGCCUUCUCCAACCUGGUGCCUUCCAGAUGUUGUGAACGACCAUUCCAGUCAGCUCCAGCCAUCGCAACAGUGCUGGCUGUGGCUGAUGGAAGUUCAAAGCACCUGGAGGGGCACCAAGUUGAGGAAAGUUGGCCUGGAUCUACAAAUACCUUUGUUUCCAAAAGCCUUGAUGGAGAGCAGAGCACAGGCCCCUCCAGACUUCUUCUAUAUCAGGCAUCUCCAAACUGCGGCCCUCCAGAUGUUUUGGCCUACAGCUCCCAUGAUACCUAGCUAGCAGGACCAGUGGUCGGGGAAGAUGGAAAUUGUAGUCCAAAACAUCUGGAGGGCCAAAGUUUGGGUAUGCCUGAUCUAUGUGGGCAGAGGGAGGGGCUAGUUGCUUUUUGCAGCAGAAAUGCAUUUCCUACCUAUCAGGUGUGUAAAAUCAGGUCACUUUGUGUAGUCAUGGUCAAAGUUCAGAGUACAUUUUCGAAGGGGUUACAUCUACCUUAAAAGUGUUCAUGAGGUGUCUUUUGAAAGGAAUGGUGUUCUGCUCUUGGCACUGGCAACAGACACAGCUCCUGUCCCACCUGACCAAGUGCAAAAUAUUUUAUGGUGAGAACAUCUCAAGAUCCCACGGAAACAGCAUCGUUGCAAGAAGAUUGUAGUUUGCAACUUUGCGAAGAGGCAAGAAAAGCAGAGGUGGGUUGGGGUGGUUUUCCCUGUUCAGCCUUGCAAAUGAGUACACUUUUACUGCAUUUCCUGUUCAGAUAGGUCAAAGGGUAGCUGGAACAGUUGCUCUAAGCCACUACAGUGGUACCUUGGUUUAAGAACAGUUUAGUUUAUGAACAACUUGGACUAAGAACGUUGCAAACCCGGAAGUAGGUGUUUUGGUUUGUGAACUUUGCCUUGGAAGCAGAACAUGUUCCGCUUCCUGUUGAGUGUGUUCCGUUUGUAAAUCGAGUCCCCCACUGCUGUGGGAAAGCACGCCUUGGUUUAAGGACAGACUUUGGGAAUGGAUUAAGUUUGUAAACCAAGGUACUACUGUACUGUACUUGCCCCUGGCAAUAUGCCAGUGGGAACAGGAAGAAAAAUAGCAAGGAUAUAAAUUUAAUUCAAUUUUCACUGUGUGUGGCUUUUAAAAUAACAAGUUUCCCCUUGCCAAAAGUUUGUCUUCAUAAGGUUACCUGUACUACAAGUGCUGCUUCUAAAACAACCAUUUAGGGAUGGGAAAUGUUUGAUCUAAAGCAUUUUAAUCUUUAAAAUGUAGUCCAGCGCCAUGGACAUGGCACUUUUGACUGGAAUGGAAGCUAAAUGGCCAUAUUUGGGGGGGGGGUUGUGUAUCUUGUUGGCAUUGGAUUUCAGUGGGGUAAGCAUGCCUUUCUCUGGAUUACACCCAGCAGCUGCAAUCCUAUGCUUGCUUAUUCUAAAACCUCUUGGCUUCUAUGCAGCCAGGGACCUGCUUAUGAGUAAACCUCCUUGGGAUUGGCCCAGAAGUGUGAAACAACUGGAAUAAAAUGUGUUCACAUUCAGCUUCAAAUUCCCAUUUAAAUACAAACAGUAUUUAAUCCCUUUGAUUGCAGUGACUUGUUCUCCUCAAACUUUGCAAACAAGUCCAAGGAUCAUAACCCCUGACCUUGCUCUUUGCAAACUAUGCGGGAAAGGGUAACUAAAAGUUCAUCAGCUGUUCUUCUCUUCCAGUUUAUUUCAGCCAGAAUCUUUCUGGUUGUUAGUGACAGCAUGCUUGAUGCUUUGUCUGAUCGAUCAUGGAAAUUACUAUUUUCUUGUAGCUUCUGGAAGGUUUGGGGAUUAGUUUUGGUGGUGGUGGUAAGUUGGAGAGGAGAGGGUUCUGUUGCAAAGCAGCUACAGUAACAUUUUUCAGACCAGCAGAUGCCUAGGUAACAUGCAAUCGGUUGCCAUCAGUUUUUCUUGUUUCUGCUGUUCCCCAAACUAUCCGUUGAUAAUGCACGACGACAUCAGAAUGUAAAGCUGUCACACCCUGUGGAAGUUGGUACCAUAUGUUAGGCUGCUUGGUGCCAGGUGCUUCUAACUGUCCUCUUAAAUGAUACCAUCUAGGACUGAAUUAGACGUUCUUGCCACUAUUUGGUUUCCACUUCUAUCUCAUUCUUUAUUCCUUGCCACCACCAGCACUCUUGUUUUCCUGUAGUUGUAUUUAACUUAAUGCAAAGGGCAAUGCAGUUUCCUGGGCUGGGAGCACCUUAUUCCCUGGACAGACUUGGAUUUCAUUUGCAUGCAGUGACGGGCAAGAACAGAGGCUGCUGUGUGCAGGGUGACCGACUGCUUUUUGGAAUCCAGUUUUGUGUGUUAGUUUUUUUUCUCUCCCAAAAAUAAAGGUGGCGGAACUACGA